UACGAAUAUCACGCCGUGCCUGAACGCGCGAAAUCUCAGACCUGUCAUUUGUGAAAUAUAAUCGCUUAUUAUUUAAAAACUAUAAUAGCCACAUUUUUUAUUACAAUUUCCCUCUAAUCUAUUGUAACCAGUAUACCAUUUUUAUGUUGCAGUUAACGAUUACCAUGGCAAGGACGCUGAAAUUCGACCAGAGGGACUUGGAGGAGCCGGAAGAACUGGAGUGGGCGUGAGUAUGUUUGUACGCAAAAGUACGAUCGUCGCGUCGAAUAAUGUACAUCUGCCUUUUAUUUCAGAGACGGAGGAUUACGAACUAAUACCUACGAUGUCGCCGACUCGGACGCGUCGACGGUGGACGUCGAGACCCUGAGCAACUUGGGCGACGUUGCCAGUGACGACGACUACGACGGCGACGACGAGGAAGAUGAGGACAAAAGUGCUAGGUAAACAUUUACUUGUUAAUUAUUUUCUUUUCCUUUUCGUGCAACGAAUCUAAAAUAAUUUUCUUUUUUCAGAAAGGACGAAAAACGGGACGACGAUGUCGAGGACGAUGUCCAGGACGUCAAACGUGCGAGAAAGGAGUGAAGACUCGCAACGUUCCAAGUACUAAUUUUAAUGGUCCAAUAAAUAAAUAAAUAUAUAUGUGGGAACGAGGAUUUGAAUCCCGCGCUAUAAGGUGUAACUCGUUGGCGCACUAGUGCACGGUACGGGGGCGCUGGGAGAGAGGAGAGAAGCCGGUGAUAGUCAGUCAGUCGAUGCAAGCUAAGCAACAGUGUUGUAUUAAAAAGGAAAAUAUACGGACGAUAGAUCCCAUCUCUCGUGUCCUGUACCUUCUCGAUAUCCAAUCCCACAAACUCUGGGGGCUCGUCCGGGAUUGCGAGCAAGGAUUACGACAGCGGAAUCUUCGUCAAAAGGUGCUAAGGCGUAAUUAGACGACAAGGCGACGAAGGAGUGGAACGCGACAACGUGUUCCAGCUAAGGCGAAAGAAAUGGCGGACAUACUCGAAGAAUUGACGGUGGAAGAGCUGGUGAAGAGACUCGAACAUUUCGGGCUGCAGACGGCAGGUACAAAGGCGGCGUUGUGCGAAAGAUUACGGAAGGCGAUGGAAGAAGAGACCUCACAAUCGGCGGAUGAACAGAACCACGGUGAGAAAACACGAACGGCGGGCAUGACGACGGAAAUACGGCUCGAGGAUCUGACGAAAGUGCAGCUUAAGCAGAGACUACGAGAGCUCAAACUGCCUAUUUCGGGUCUAAAAUCAGUGCUGCGCGAAAGGCUGCGAGCGGCCCUGCAAAAGGAUUCCAGCGACGAAGGCGACAAUGAAGACGACGGCGACGAAAACGAAGGCGACGACGGCGACGAAAAUGAGGGCGACAACGGCGAGGACGGCGGUAAUAAAGAUGGCGUUGGAGGAGAGAUGGUGACACCGCACCGCGGUCGAGACGCACACGCGGCCAUCUUGCCUCGCAACGUAUUCAACGGCGACUAUAGAGAUGGCGGUAGGAGAGCGGGAAUGUUACCAACCCACAAUCGAGGUGACGGCGCAACGGUACUUCCCCGUAAUGCAGUUGACGAGGGAUAUGACAGACAAAGAACAAGGCAAGUAGUAUUGACAUACAAGGACGUGGAAGACGCUCUAUCGACUUUCAGUGGCGAUGGCACGCAGAGUGUAACGAUGUGGUUCACAUCCUUCGAAGAGACGGCUGAUUUGUGCGGAUGGACGGACGUACAGAAGAUCAUCUACGCUAAGAGGCUAUUACGGGGUUCGGCGAAGCUAUUCGCGAAUUUCGAGUGUCGUGUCCAAUCCUACCGCGCGUUUAGGAGGGCGCUUGCUGAAGAGUUCGGCAAGACAAUGAACAGCCGUCAGGUGCACAAGGAGCUGAGCAAGGUAACGAAAAAGUCGGAGGAAACGUACCAAGAAUACAUUUACCGUGUUUUGGAACUGGCGAGUCAUGGUGAGAUUGAACUGGAGGCCAAGAUACAGUACAUCAUCGACGGCAUAAAGGACGAAGAAUCAAAUAAGGCCAUUUUAUACAGUGCCACGUCGAUAAAGGAGCUACGACAGAAGUUUAUGCAGUACGAAACACAGCGCGCCAACCGGAACAAGGCUAAGCAGCAACAACAACAGACAUCACUAAAGAAGAGAACAACUAAUAGUUCCAACCAGGUGGCAACGGCGGUGACGGCUAAGCGGUGCUUCAAUUGUGGCGAUUCCAAGCAUUUGGGAAAGGAUUGCCCAAGCAAGGUAAAAGGCGCUAAAUGCUACUCAUGUAAUGAAUUCGGUCACAUUGCAGCAAAAUGCCCCAAGGGUGCGGAGGCAACAAAGGAAAAAACUCCGGCCAGAGUCGACGCGUUGCAAUCCCAUGAUGACAAGAAGACGUACAAAACCGUACGGAUUUUGGAAAAGGUUACAGGGUUUGUCCAAGAUUUUUUUAUUAUCGAUUCUUGCAGUAGACGUCGAGACAAGACAAACGAGGUAAUGGACCGGGGGUCGGAGAUCACCCCUUCGUCCGGAAAACCGCCCUUAAAGUUACAAGAACCCGUAGCUCGGACAGGGUUGGAGGUCCGAGGUCUCUGCGACGUUUGCAACCCCUUGAAAAAAGGGCCUAAAGCGCCCCUUUAG